UGUUACAGGUGCACAGACGCUAAAGGUUUGGAUUGGUUUAGAUGCAGAAGGAAGUGGGUUCUGAUUGGUUGUGGAAGACACAAACCGGCAGUUGCUGGGCGCGACGUGGCAGUCCUCUGAGAGGGGCUUGAAUAAGAUGGGCCCAGCCCUCGAUUGUGACGUGUGAUCAGCAGCUGGGCCGCAGGUGCUGUCUUGGCAGGUGAGGCCCAAAGCCGGCUCUCGGAGUCGCAGCAGGAAGCGGGCCAUGGCAGCGGCGGCCAGGCCCGGUGCUGAAUCCCAGGGCGCGGAGAGGAGCGCCCGGCGGCCCGCGGAAAGAGCCCUCGGGGGGCAGCUGGGGGGGAUCCAGCCCUCAGUGCUCAGGGUGUCCCAGCUGGUUCUGCGGGCCAUCACCGCACACAAACGGCUGACUCUGACCACCCUCCGGAAGGAGCUGGGCAACGCGGGCUACGAAGUGCACAGGCAGGUCAGGGGCCACUCCCGCGAGGCGCCCAUGCCCGAGGGCAGGGGCGUGUACCUG